AUGGCUUUAGAAACACAAGAGAAAAAACUAAUCCUCAAAUCUCAAUUAGCAGAAAUCCAACAAGCAUUUUUAGAAGAUAAAAAAAGAAUAGAAUAUAAAACAAAAUGCUUACAAAACGAAACUGAAUUAAAAUUAACAGAUUUGAAGAAUGAGAUUAUGUACUGGAACAAAAAACGACUUGAAGAGUUACAAGAUAGAAAAGAAUCUAUAGAACAAGAAAUCUCAAAGUAUAUGGCUAAUUUAUCAAUAGAUAACCAAAAUUCUACAGAAAAUCUAUGUACUUAUUAUAUAAAUGAUAGAAACAGUAAAAUUGAAAAUUUUAUUAAAGAAAAAGAUUCGAUCAAAAUAAUAUUUGAAGACACUGAAUAUGUUGUUGAAACAAGUAUUAUUGAACAAAUUCCUUUUCUUGCUCAUUUGGCAAGUGAGUCAUCUGAUGAAAAUGAAUUGUAUAUAUUUAGAAGUGGAAAAUAUUUUAAUUAUAUCAAAGAGUAUGUUUUAUCUAAACAAUUAAUAAUUAAUGAAACUACAACACAAGCUGAGCUCAAAAAAAUUGCAAAAGAAUUUGAGUUUUAUGAACUUCCAUGGAAACAAAUUAAUGAACUUAUUUCUUGUAUCUAUACUAUUCAAAAUAUCUCAACUCAUGGAAUUAACUAUACUAUUAAAGGUAAUGUAAUCCAUCCAACAAAUAAUGGAUGUUCAUUUAUUCAAUUUGAUAAAGACAUUAUAGGUAUUAAGGUGAAAGUAUUAAACAUUGGUAAUUACAUUGACUCUUCUUGUUUCUCAAUUGGAUAUUGUCCUUUUAUAACUAAAAUACCACACUUAGGACAUGAUGGCUAUUUUCUUAAAAAGAACGGAGAAAUUAAAACUUCUCUUAAUGGAGUUUCAUCUUCCUUUAAUUUUUGUUACGAAAUAGAAACAAAUGAUUCUAUCAAAUGCGUUUUAAAUGACAUGGAAAGAAUGUUAUUCUUUCAAAUUAAUGAAAAUGGGUCUUCAAUAGAGUUUGUAGAUACAAAUAUUAAAUUGUAUCCAACAAUUAUUAUGAAUGGUAUUGAUCAACAAAUAGAAGUUGAAACAAUUUACACUCCAAUUCUUUAA